UUGACAUCAAUGUUGACCUUUUUCACCAGUAACUAUGGAAAGUAGCAGAGAUGUAUCAAUGAAGUUAUCUAUACAGGAAGGCUUUUUAAAUUCAAAGGUGUUAACCGAAAAAUGGCGACUUCAGAGCUUUCUCGUCCUAGGAACAGAAAGUGGUGCUUACAAACCAGGAAAUAAAGAUAUUCGAAGGAAGGAAGUAAAUAGUAUUGAAAGUUUGAUUGACCUUGGUGAUGGCCCGGAUGUUGUCAAGACCAUAUGUUUGACAAAUAAGGCGGGAAGGGGUUGUCACCGACUACCUGUGAUGUACGCAUUGGCUUUGUGUACUCGGUCCACCGACUCCAUCACAAAGGAAGCUGCUUAUGCUGCGCUCCAGGAAAUAUGCCCGGAACCCUCAGACUUACUGACAUUUGUCAUGUUUUGUGAAAUGGUGAGCGGGGGAACAGGAUGGGGUAGGGCACAACGUCGGGCUAUUUCUGACUGGUACAACAGCUUCAAGGACAGGCCUCUGGAAUUAGCAGAGGGAGUUACGAAGGAACGGAGUAGCGGUCAGUGGACUCACAAAGACAUUGUCAGAUUGUCUCAUGUAAAACCAGUGUCCGCCUUCGUCCAGUUGAUCAUAAGAUAUAUCACCAAAGGUCUUGUCGAGGCAAAGAAAUUGCCGUCGCCAGUUGAUCCUGAUCAAGCUAAACAGUGGCAAGGCAUCUUAAGAUACUUCGAGGCAGUUGAACAGACACGGCAACAUACCGGAAGUAUGGAAGUAGAGGGGAAGCUUGACAUCAUAAGGGAACAUAGACUAGAACCAGCACAUUUGUCUGUUGCUCUGCUGAGAUCCCCUCUCGUUUGGAACGUGUUGCUGCAGCAUAUUCCUCUUAAUCUAGUAAUUCAGAAUAUUUCCAAGGUAGAUGAUACCCCUGACCAGAAAACAGUUCUGGAAAGAUUGGAAGAUGAGAAUGAGCUUCAAAAAGCACACGUGAAACCAUUCGAAAUAUUGAUUGCAAGGAAAGAAACCAAGAAUGAGAAUGUCAGGACAACUUUAGCACGAUCUUUCGAGAUUUGCGUUCGCCAUGUAAAACAUACAGACAAAAAAUAUUCUGUGAUAAUGGCCGUCGACGGUAAAUUGGAUACCGAUUUACAUGGUACAAAAUCAGGUACUGUAAAAGAAGCCAUAGCCACAACAGCAAUAACAAUCGCGAGAGUAACACAUCCGGAAUCGGAGAUUGUCACAUAUCCUGCCGGCAAGGAGAAGACGAAGUUAGAUAUCCCAAAGACAAACGCCCUUAAAUAUUUGUACGAACAUGCCCAAUUAAAUGGGACAAAUGCCACCUUUGUAAAGGAUGUAGAGAAUGCCUUGCGUUUAAAGGAUGCCGUGGUAGUGUUGAUGCACUCACCACCUGAUAUAUUCAAGAAAAGAUUGUCCUCGUUAUUUCCCCGUAAAGUCUCAACUCGAUUGGUAGUUGUCAAUUUUGACAAAGACGAUGACACGGUGAUAAAUUCCAAUAAUCCAUUUUUGCUGAACGUGAUAGGAUUCGAUGGCAAUACCAUUGAAGCCAUCAUGCGUUUUGUAGAAAGACACGAAAACACGGCGUUGAACACGGGAAUCUAGAAAUAGCCGUUGUUUCUGGUGAUAAAGACAGGAAACAUUAAGACGUUAACAUGUCGACAUUUCCUUUACACUCUUCGCGAGUUCUGAUUGUUUUAAUCAAUUAUUUGAUCGAAUGUGUGUGUGGGUUUUAUUUUUACAAUUUUAUUAUUUUCUUUUCAUUACCUAGUCCGGUUAGCGUUAUACCAAUGCUUAUUGUUCGUUCGUUUUUUUCUGAAAAUUGCGAUUCUAGCCAAGAACAACUCGGUUGAUUUCGAUUAAAAUUGGUCAAUAGUAUCCUUGUGGAAAUGACUAAUUUUUGCGACACUUAAUUUUGUAUAAAUAGUAGGCUACCCCACCUUUUUGUGAAAGAGAGCGGAGAGGCCUUUGAGAAAUUCUUAACAAUGCUACAACGAACAGAAGUGUUACGUGUGAUUACUUAAAUAUCGAAGCAUAUUGUAAAUUCUUACUGAUGUGAACUAUAAAAUAUCACAAUA